AGGAAGCGGCGCUCCCGAGUCUCGGUCCGGAGCGGAGGAAGGUUUGGAGCCCCGGGUUUUCUCCGCGGGGGGAGGAGGGGGAGCAGUCGCGAGCCCCUUGGGGCUGAACUCGGCGGGAUGGGAAAGACAGGUUGGCUCUUCCUAGUUCCGGGUCCUUUUGUCUAGGCGCCUUCUCGAGCGGCUGCCCCCUCCUUCCAACCCUGAGUGUCGGGGGGAGAGAAUGGGAUCUGGGUGUGUUUGCGCCUUUAAGGAGCAGCUCCUGCACUGACGGUUGGGAUUUGAAGUUUUCCCUCCCCCCCCCCCUUUGGAAGUUGUCAUGGCGACGGCAGUUCUCCCCUCACUCCUGCCCCCCCCUCCCUCCGCGAGGCUGUCCAGAGGCUCUCGUGCUGUUCCCCUGUGUCACGUGACCUCCCCGGGGGAUGGCAGGUCUGGGUGCCUUUCAAACUUCUCUGCGCUGACAUCCCCACGCUGGGAGAGGACACUAGAGAGCCGACCCCGCUUUAGCACUCUGUUUCGGCCUGCGGGGGGAGUCCGUUGAUGCCCAGCCGCGCUGUGCUGCUGCUGGAUGGAUACCUGCGACUGGAGACAGCUCCUAGGUCCAAAAAGAUUUGUUCUGCCUCUUGGUUUUGAAAGUAUAUUAGAAGGGCUUUAUGGACCAAGGCUACGAAGAGACCUCAGUUUAUUUGAAGACUGUGAGCCAGAAGAACUGACUGACUGGUCUAUGGAUGAAAAAUGUUCCUUUUGUAACUUACACAAAGAAACAGUCAGUGAUCGUACGCCAGUUGGUUCUUCACAGUCAACACCUACAGAGGAACUGUCAUCUCAGGGCCAGUCCAACACUGAUAAGAUUGAAUGCCAAGCAGAAAAUUACCUAAAUGCACUCUUUCGAAAGAAAGAUCUUCCUCAGAACUGUGAUCCUAACAUUCCCCUAGUUGCUCAGGAAUUAAUGAAAAAGAUGAUUCGUCAGUUUGCAAUUGAAUACAUUUCAAAAAGUAGCAAAAUUCAAGAGAAUAGAAAUGGUUCAUCAUUUGAACCAAGUCUGAUAUGUAAAAAUAUCCAAAUGAACCAAACGGAAAACUCUCUUCAGGAAGAACAGGAUAGCCCUCUUGACCUCACUGUGAAUAGAACUCAAGAACAGAAAACUCAGCAAGGGGAUGGAGUGCUAGAUCUCUCUACAAAGAAAAGCGCAAGGCUGGAAGAGUCAACAUAUGAUCCAUCAUCUUCUGAAAAUUCAGUGUCUGGUUCAACAGUUGAUGCAAAAUCAGAGGAAGCAAUUAAAUUGGAAAAAGGAAAAUCAGCACUAAACAAGGUUUUGGAGUCUUUGUGCUCUUAUCACUGGCAUCAGAUUUUGGCUAUUUUAAAAUUUUUGAUCCAAGACACAAAUGUUCCUUCACUUUGCAAUUGCCUGCAACCUCAUAUUAUCCAUUCAGAAGAUCAGAAGUCUCUCAUUGAAGAUAACUGUGUCCCAUUUUGUAGUUCUGAUGGACAUACACUGAUAAAAAAGAGCUGCUGUUUACACAAUCCUAAACCAAACACUUGUUUGCCGUCUUUGUCUGUCUGUAUUAAAGAUUUGCACUGUUUGUCAUGUCAGACUAUAACUACUGGAUGUAUUAAGACAACAGUGAAUAAAAGGAUUGAUAACAGUUGUAAUCCUCACAGGUAUUAUACAGGACAAUUACACAGCUGUAACAAGUACUCUGUGACAGAUGCGUCCUUUCCCUCAACUGAAGACAGUGAUUCCUCAAACAACAUUGAAAGUUCUAGUAGAUCUCGCAGCCCAUCACCCCCUCCGUUGUCUCCUGUACAAAAUAAUGAAUUUGAAACCUUUGAAGAAUCACCUACAGAUUUUCCAGUUUUAGAGAAUAACAAUAUUGAAAUAACCAUUAAUCAGCCUCCAUCUCUCUUUCCAGCAGACGGAAGCAAUGAAGAGUAUAAAGACAAAGAUAAACUAGGCAAAGGAAAAGCGUUUUAUUACUCAAAUGAAACCUUGCUGUCAACAGGUCAGGAAAGCCGGAAAUGUUCUAUAAACUCUGAAAAGUUUGAAAAAGGUGAAAAUUCUGCCAUUUUUCAAGAUUUAAUGGAUCGUAUUAAUGAAAAAUUAAAAUCAAUAGAAACUACAGAUAUAUCAACUAAUCUUAUAAAAUUGUCUAACAGUGACAGGGCACCUGAAAAUGAUAAUGGAAAUUUGGGGGACUUCAUAACCUCUCUCUUGCAUAGUGCUAAAGCAAAUGAUUACACUUUUAUGGAGUUACUGAGACAACAUGAUAAACAAGUGGAAAAUAAAAUUAUCCAAACAAGAUUUCGCAAACGCCAGGAAACUUUAUUUGCAAUGUAUAGUUCUCCUGAUUCACCUCUCAUUAGACGACAGUCUUUGCAAAUCAAAAGAGAACUUGCAAGUCUUGAUGAAACUUUCAUAAGCAAAAAGUCAAUUUCAGAAAGAAAUGCAAAAAAGUCUUCAAAAAAUGAUGGCAAAAUGUCAGCAAACAAAGGAAACAGUUAUAACAUGUUGGAAGACAAAGCUAUACAAAAUCCUGAAAAUAAUGUAGGUAUGAGAUGUCAAGCUAAAUCCAAAUCCUUGCCAGUGUUUCAAGCAGAUUCAAUGGAACUACCUCUGAAUAAUUUUGAAACCAAUUCUGGUUUUGUAGCAUUUUCUGAAAACAAAAAUAUUACUAUCAUCGACCAGACUAACUUUGCAAAAAGACAAGGAGAUUAUGCAAUUGAAAAAGAGAAUGAUCAGAACCCUUUGAAGGGAGAAUGUAAUGGCAUUUUGGGGAGAACUAAACGUAACAUUGUGCCUCCUGGAUGGUACUCUGUAUAUGUAACAAAUGAUUUUUUAUGUAAAAAAUCCUCCAAAGCAAAAAAAUCUGAAAAUUUGGAAAGAGAGAAUAUAGUUAAAGAUCUGCAUGCUGAAAGAUCUAUUAAUGUAAAUAAGAUUGUAAGGAACACAAAUCUACAAGUUGUUGUGGAGCGCUUGGAAGAUACAUUAAACUUAGCUAAAAAGACUAAAAGUCCAUUGUUGGAUAGAUAUAAAAUAUCCAGAAAAUUGAACAACCAUACUUAUGAGUGUGAUAUGAACCAAACUGCUAGGAGAGAUCUAAAUUUUAACAUGGAUGAAAAAGAAUAUGUAGAACAGAGUGUCCUGCCCCAGUCUCACUUGUCAUGCAGCAAUACAUGCAAAAUAGAUUGCGUGCCAACAAGAGAAUACAAAGAAGUUCUAAAUCAAGGACUUGGUAACAACCUUUUGAAAUCUUCAUCCUUUGAUUCGGGCAGAUUGACUGCCAGUACUAAGGAUGUACAAACACAAUCUGAAAUUGGGGAAAGUGCAUCUCUUCUUUACUCUAGCCCAAUAAAGCUUAUGUUUGUCUCAGAGGUUAAUAGUAGUGAAGGAGUCAAAUAUACUUUAACUGCUGCCAGUGCAUCUUCUACAGUAAACACUGAUCUUUGUUUAUUUCAGAAGUAUCCAGACAUCAUAUCAGGAAAAAAAUUCAAAACGAGUGAUCUUGUUCAUGAAGUCUGCAUUGGAGACUCUGGAUAUAAUUGUAAUGAAAGUGACACUAAAGAGGAACCAAAUAUUGUUAAUACUGAGAUAGUUGCAGAUACUUGUGCAGCUGGUGAAACUGACUUAAAUUAUUGUAAGCAAAGUGAAGAAACUAUGGAAAAAUCAAGUAGUAGCAAUGAAUCUGUUUUUAAAAGAAAACCUGGCAGGCCUAAAAAAUUAGGGCCUCAGGUUGUAAAACAGGUCAAGCGACCAAUUGGACGACCUCCAAAGCCUAAAAUAGACACUGCUGAAAAUAGUGAUCAUCAAAGUGAACACACCACUUAUGGGGAAACCACCAAAUCUGAUGCAACAGUGAUAAAAGAAGUUAUUAGUAACAAAAAUAUUAUUGUGACAGUUGUUUUUGGAAGGUCAAGAAGAAUUAAAAGACAUGUUUCUGAAGGUAAUACCAAUACAAUUAAUUAUAUGCCUACUCAAUGCUAUUCCAGUUUUAAAAAUGAUUCUAGUGAACUGAGGCCAAAUAUUGAAAGUGAAAGUGGUUUUGCCAAAAUAGUAAAAAUCUUACCGAAUUCUGCUACUGAAAAUGAAGUGUCUGGUUCUGGUUAUGAGUAUAUUAGACCUAUCAAGAAUAAUCCAAUAUUACCACACUCCUAUAACAAUAUCAUACGACCAAAUCAGAAGAAGCCUUUAACUAUCACUAGAAAGCCUGGUAGACCAGCAAAAGUAAAAAUAUCUGGCAUAUCAGUGACUGUUAAUAGAAUUUCACCUCAGGAACGAAAAGUAAGUAUUAGCGGCUGCCUGCCUCCCUUACAGCAGCAACAUAGUUUUUUUUCUAACAUAUCACAGGAAAAAAAUAACCAACUAUGCAAUAAAGUAGAUGAAAGAAAGACUGUUGAGAAUGUCACUACCAAGGAGGCAUUCGGCAAUGUGAUUACUGCAGAAUCAAGAAAACAUGAAAUUCCUUUGAGGCAUUCUGUUAGAGACAGAAGGCCAUCAGUGCAUUUCUUACACUCAUUAGCAUCUUCUAGCACAUUUACUUGUAGAAGUGCCUUGCUACAUAAAUCAUAUAAGCUCCAUUUGAAAAAAGCUAAGAAUCAAAAAGAAAAACAUAUGCAAUCAAAUCUGAAGAUCGUAUCCAAGGAUACCUCAGAAACUAAAAAUUCAGGGAGUGAAGAAAAGGGUUCUGGGGUGAAUGAACUCAGGUCCAUUAAUGAAAUAUCAUUGGAUCCCAUAUUUUCAUCAAAUCCUUCUCUCAGGUGGUGGGCUACUUCCACUUCAUGUGACUCCUUGUUGGAAGAACUAAAUAAUAGAUUUGAACAGAUAACCAAUACCUGGUUGCAAGUGGGUGGAAAUGAAUUUGAAAAGUGUUUAUAUGAAAAAAGGAAUCAUGUUGAACAAGAUUGUAGCAUUAAAGUAUCAAGACCUUUAGACACCUGCAUUGUAGAACUUGAAGCAUCACCUAUAAAAAUGCUUUUUCAGAAGAAGUGUAGUAUGAAUGAACUUAGUACUUGGUUUAUGCAAACAACAGAAACACAAUCCCUUUCUCUAGUGAGAAAAGCAAAUGCUCGCAAUCCUUUGGAAGUAAUUGGUACUAGAGACAUUAAGAUGGGAAGUAAACAAUCAGAUCUUAAUACUAGCCCUUUCAGAAAGCACUUUAAAAAGUUUGCACUAUCCUCUCCUUCAGAAACAGCUGGAAAAUUACAAAUGCUGCAUAAAAUGAUCCAGGCUCCAAUCCUAAAUAUGAAAAGUAAUUUCACACUAGCUAAAUUAAGAAGAACUGAAUUUAAGAAGUUACAACAUGACAGGUGGACACCAGUGAAAAAUAUAUAUAAACAUGGAACAGGUGACUGGAAAUCAAAAAGGAGAAAUUUAAGAUUUUUCUGCCAAAGCCAGUUUUUUAAAAAUACAAGUGGGAAAAUCAGCGAUGUAGUGUCUGUGCAUCAAGGAAAAAGUACUGUAGAAACCCAGCCCACUGAAAUCUUAGAAUCUCAAAGUAGCAUCUUGCCAACUGGAACUGAAGUCAAAGAUUCAUUUCUUCCACAGACAAUGGAACUGUCCGACUUCAGCCCACAUCCUGGUUUAACAAAUAUUUUUAAAUCACAGUCAGAAAUAAAUGGAACAAGUUAUAAUAAAAAAAAUGUUGGAAAAGCACAAAAUCAAGUUAAAAUGAAUGAAAGUACAUGGAGAACCAAAACCUUUAAAGACUGUAGAAUAUUUCUGAGAAAACUCAACCAUAUUGAACAGAAUAAAUCUUUUAACUUCAAUACUAUCAUUUACUCUCCAGGAGCUGUUGAAAGUAAGAGCGAUCAGACCUACACUGAAGAAAAAAGGCAUCAUACUUUAAGAUCCUAUUCUGCUAGGCAAGAUGCAUUAAAGAUAAAAGAAAGAGAAGUGGAGCUAUCUAAGGGAACUAAUCUUUCCAAAAUUACUGCAAUGGUGGAUGAUCAAUUAGACGGCAAAAAAUCAAGCACGUCUGUAAUGCAUGAAAGCCCUGCUGAUAGUUCUGAAGUUCUUAACAAAAUAAACAUAAGAAAAAGACCACAAUGGGAGACCACUGAUAUGAAUAUAAGAAAAAAGCAUAAGAGACAAUCAUGCAAUACUGGACAAAUGGCGAAUUUUUACUCAAAAUACCAACUAGGUAAGUUCCCUUGCCCCUUAACUUUAAAAUACUAAUUUUAAAUUGAAGUAGAACAAAGAGUAGAAGCAGAAUAGUGGACAAAAUUAAAAUGUAUAUUGUGUAGGUCAAAAACAUCCAAUUUUCAAAAAGUAGUAAAAUGGAACAAAGUAUAACAUUAAAUGCAUAGUGCUAAAAGUGCAAUUAAAAUUUUAAAAAUACCUUAUUUAAUUAGUUUCAUAUCUUCUUUUACAAUAGAUAUAUUACAAUAUCUAGCCUGAAGAUACACUUAAUGAUAAGCCAAAAAGCAAUGAGUUAGUUCUAAUAGCAUAUUUUGAGAGACAUUUGGGUCAAAUUCUGACACCAUUAAAGUCAAAAUCAGUUGGAACUUUGUCAUUAAUUUCACCCCUACAGGGUCAGGAUUUCACCAUUUGGCAUCAUAGUCCCUGUUAUGUCUGGAAGGUGUUAUCUACAAAAUACAUAUAAACAGAGCUAUAAAGUUACAGCAUGGCUAAACAAAAAUUCUCAUUGACAUUGUUUUAAAUCCAACUCUAUAAUAAGAUCCAUAAUUAAACAUUAAGAUAUGAUAGAUAAUACUGUGCAUUUCUGGACAAUUAUUUACUAGAAUGUCCGUGGUAGCUCCUGAUUGAAAUCAAUAAGAUUUCUGUUGACUUUCAUAAAUUUUGUAGUGGGCCCUUAAUGGUCAAAACGAGAUGUGGGAUGAAACUAAUUAAGUGAGCCACACUAUAAUCAGAUUGAAAUGCAUUUGCCCUGAAAUGUUUUAUUGGUAUUCUGAAAUGCAAUCUGUACAUAAGAAAGAACAGUAAGACAUUUAUAGGGCAUUUUGCACAGGUUUGACAUCAUCCUGGCCAUAAUAUAGUUUCAAAAUACAGGGUUCAAUUGUGAAACUUUUAUUGAUGUCCAUGAACCUUUACUAACGAGUGUGUGUUCUAAGUGCAUUAAUUUUGAAAGUUCAAUCAAAAGAAAAAUUACUAUUUUAAAUACGCUCUUGAUGUAAAUACAAAAGUUAAAAUUCAAAUUAUACUAGUUUGAGUUAACUUUUUUUCUAAUUUCAAAAGUCUACAAAUAACUUACUCCUGUAUGUGCUCAUGUUAGCUAUGCUUAACACUAAUAUUUGCUGAUAACUUUCCUCUUUUUUAAUUUGAUGUCUCUCACUAUUGUUGCAUUAUUUCACUUUAGACUUUUUUUACUUUAAUUUUUUUCUGUUGUUCAUAGUGUCCCAUAGCUGUUGGUAUCCAUAGAAAGAUGUCAAAAAAGCCUUAAUCUCAGAGCAAAAUUUAGCCUCAGGCUGGUGUCCAGGUGUCUGAUUCUACAACUGCAUACAUGCUGGUGGAUUUUUUAGCUGGUAUAGAACCUGCCUCCCUAUUCCCCCAGUGAAUGCAGCUGCAAGAUCACAUUCUAACUUUCCACGCAUACCUGUUUGCUGGCACAUUUCCUGUAUCUGAAAGGUUUAUGUGUAUGGAAGCAUCAUUAUGUAUAUGUAUAUUUUUUGAUUGCAUGUAUGUGUUACAUUGGUAUCAAGACCUACAUCACUGUGUUAAGAUUUUCUGUACAUUUAAUGCUUUUAAAUAGAUAAGUAGAUAUUUUUGUCAACAUGUUCAAGUUUUUCCUCAUGUUUAUUAACCUCUCUAUCAGACUGAGGAAAAGAGGGGGAAGUACUUUGAGUAUUCUUGAAGGAACUUUCUGAUGUCCUGUAUCUGCAAGAGCUGAGAGGAAGGGCAAGAUGUUGAUAUUGAAGAAUUGUGGGUCCAUUUUUUGUUACAUAAACAUACACAGGUGGAUAUUAUUGCAUUCUUACAGCUCAAGACACUUUUUCAAAAGAAAGCAUCACUGUGAUUAGUUCUCAGUCUGGCUGCAGAAGAGGACUGAUUGUGCUUUCAUGCCACAUUUUGUUCAAAAUGUGGCAAAUAGAAGAUAUUUUGAACCUCAUGAUACGUUUGGCACUUUGAUUUGCUUGUGAAAUGACUGCUGCAGUGAUGCAUUUGGACAUGUUGAGGGCUUGGUUCCAAUGUACUGUGAAUCUCUGUUCCUAAUUUUUUUUUUUUUUUGAAAGGACACUUUCAUUUGGCAGUAUUGAAUUGGACUUGUCUACAUGCAUGAUGGAUAUUGAAUAAAUAGAUUUUUAGUUAAGGGUUUAUAGUUCUGGUUAGAAAGGUGCAUACAUUUCCCAUCAGUAUGUCAUAGACCUCACCUAGAGGCUUGCAGCUAGCUAAAGUUUCCAGAUACAGGCUUUGAAGAUGGCUAAGCUUAAAUAGAAUAAAUGGUCAUCCUAUGGUACAAUGUGACAUAAUAGUGAGAAGAUACCAUGUGAGAUCUUCACCAUAUGACGAAUGAUCUAAAGCAGUGUUUCUCAAAGUGGGCACCAAGCCGGCUUUGGGAAAGCUGCUAGCAGAUCCACCCAUUUUGUUUACCUAAAAAAUCCAUAGACGUGGAGCCUCACAUCUCCAUUGCCUCCAGUUUGCUGUUUUCAGCCAAUGGGAGACAUGGGAAGCUCCCCUUGGCUGGAAAUGGUGAACCAGAGCCAAUGGGAACUGCGAGGCUCUGUGGUUAUGGACCCUUUAGGUAAACAAAGUGGCAUAGGCCUGCUAGCGGCUUUCGCAAAGCAGGCCCGUGGCCCACUUUGAGAAACACUAGUCUAAAGAUUUCCAGUAAGGAGGUACUGAAAGAAUUCUUAAAAGUAAGAUCAGUUCUGAUUAUUUACAACAUAGGGAAUUAUGCACUUUUUCAUUUCUGCCUUACUCUUUAGCUACUAAGAGAGUAGAUGGGGGCUUGAAGAUUUUGGAACAACUCCCAUUAUGUGUAUUUGAAAAGAUUUUACUAGCAAUGUGUAAAAUUAGAAGUAAUUUUAUUUAUUUAUUUUCAAAGUUAUGAGCCCUGUUUUCAAAAGUCAGGAACCUUAUUUGGGUUCAUUCAGCUCAGCACUUUGACAAAAUCAGAAUUUACAGUGCUAAAUACUGACUUGAAAAUACAACUACAGGAUUUGGACAUAUUGCUUACAGAGCCUACAUUUGAAAAUUGGACCAUAUUGUUCCAAGAGUGUAAUUGGUUUCCAUCUCUUGCUUUGUACAAUCACUUGUAAUUUAAAACAAUGUCUGCAUUAACAUAUCAGGAUGACAACAGCCAAUUUUUUCCAAAAUUCCCUUUUCAUUCCAGAAAGAUCCUUGGGUUUUAAAAGUUAAUUUGGAGUCUAUUUUUAUUUUGGUACUAUGAUUCAGUUAACAUUAUGGAUGUUAAGAAGCAAGUAAUUAGUUAAUCAUGUAGUGGAUAAGGGAGGAAGCCUCAUGUCCAAGAACUGUGGCUCUGUUAUGGCUCUGCAGCAUGAUUGUAGUAAGAGGCAGGUGGGCAGGCAGCAGCCCCUGCUAGCAGCAGCUCGGGCUGGCUGUGAACAGAGGCUGCUCCAGCAACAACCCCUGCCCGCAGUGACCUUGGGCCUGUCACAGGCAGGCAUGUGAAGGACUAGUCGACUAUCCGAUAAGCAAAUGCUUAUUGCAUAGUUGACAGGCUAGCCGACUAGUCGUUUCCCUCCUGCCUCCCCUCCACACACACAUCUUGCUGGCUCUAUCAGAAAGAGGCAGCAAGGCGGAGGGAGAGCAGCGGGUACUUCAAAGCAGCAGUGCCGCUUAGAGCCUCGGGCCAGACCCUGGGGUUAUCAGUUAGUCAAGUACUUGACUACUCCCUUACAUCCCUAGUUAAGAUCCAGAUGCCAUUGUACUAGGCCCAGGGUGGCCAACCCGUGGCUCUUGAGCUACAUGCGGCUCUUUGAUUAAAGAAAUGUGGCUCCUGCUGGUUCUGAGCCAGG